GAAGGAUAGUAAAUGAAGAUUGGCAACACCUAGGAAGGACGGCGCGGUGAGACCUUUAACCAUGGAUUUGUGCCGAAAAUUAAUUUUUCGUUCCUUAAACCAGUCUUUUUCCAAAAGAACUAACUUUUCAAAGGUUCCUGCCUUAGCGUCUUUCUCUACCAGUAGUCAGCAUUCAGCUCAGGUGAUGGUCAGAGAUGCCCUCAAUGCGGCCAUGGACGAAGAGAUGGAGAGAGACGAGAGGGUCUUUCUGCUGGGGGAGGAAGUGGCUAUGUAUGACGGAGCCUACAAGGUCAGUCGAGGCUUGUGGAAAAAAUAUGGCGACAAGAGGGUUAUCGAUACGCCCAUCACAGAAAUAGGUUUUGCUGGCAUUGCUGUUGGGGCGGCUCUGGCGGGGCUGAGACCUAUCUGCGAGUUCAUGACCUUCAACUUUUCGAUGCAGGCCAUAGAUCACAUCAUCAAUUCUGCCGCCAAAACAUUCUACAUGUCUGCCGGGAAGGUGAGCGCUUUCAUUAUUAAAUCGUAUACUAUCUGA